ACAAGCAAUGGAACCAUGCACAAAAGACUGUGUUAAAUCCGAAGAAGAUGUUACUCGUGAGGAUAACUCCGUUUCUGUUAUUAUUUCCAACCCAAAAGUUCUCGAUUGCUGCAACUGUUCUAAACCCUUAACUAUUCCAGUCUUUCAGUGUGAUAAUGGUCAUACUAUUUGCUCUACCUGUUUUCCUGAACUUAUGAACAAGUGUAUCAAGUGUUCAUUACCCAUUUGCUCAAAACGAUGCAAAGUCAUAGAGAAUAUUCUGCAAUCUAUGGAAAUGCCAUGUCCAAAUGAAGAAUAUGGUUGUAAGGAGACAAUAAGUUAUAGUGGAAAGAGAGAGCAUGAAGAAAGAUGCAGCUAUGCACCAUGUUACUGUCCCCUUUUAGGUUGUGACUUUGUUGCUUCAUCCCGAGUGUUGUCCAACCAUUUCAGCCACAAACACGGGGACUCUCUCAUCAAAUUUUCUUAUAGUCAAUCCUUCACUGUAUCCUUGAAGUCCAAUGUUGAAACCAUUGUUCUUCUAGAAAAAAAAUCUGGCAAAUUAUUUGUUCUCAAUAAUAGUGCUAUGCUUUUGGGAAAUUCAGUCAAUAUUAGCCGCAUUGGCCCUAACUCUUUUGUGGCAUGUUAUGGUUAUGAUAUAUUGGCUAGGUCCAAGAAAUGCAGUCUAAAAUUGCAUUCUUCGGCGGAGAAUGUCCAGAAGGUUACUUUAGCAAGUAAUUCAUCGGAGUUCCUCGUGAUUCCAUCUUGUUAUUUUGGCUCUUCUAAAUCUGUCAAACUAGAAAUUUGCAUAACCCGCAAGAUGCAAAUCUUUCUAAAAGAUCUGACUGGAAAGACGAUCACGCUGAUUGUUGAGAGUUCCGACACCAUAGCCAAUGUGAAGGAGGUGAUUUCUGAUAAGGUUGGGGGGAUCCCAGUCGACCAGCAACGCCUGAUCUGUUAUGGUAAACAACUAGAUGACCUCCACACCAUCGCAGAUUACAACAUCCAAGAGAAUUCAACCCUCCACCUCCUACUCCGUCUCCUUGGAGGAUCCUUACCUUGA